AGCACACUAGGUUUCGAGACGGAGACAGAGAUGCUGACACUGAACCCGACUGAGCAUGAGCAGGCGCCAUUGUUUGGGCUAUAGAUUAGCCUAGUGCUGUCUAUCAGUAUUCAUACGAACAAAUUUUAAUUGAGCAGUAAAAUUGUGAUAUUAAGUAAAAGUUAGGUUCAACUAGUAAUCAUUGCUACUGUAUGACCGAUUAAGUGAAGAGAUCGACGCAGAAGAAUGUCAGCUCAGAGGAGUGGAUAUCAGCAGCUGAAUAAUGAGGAGGAGUCAGGCGAGGUGUUUCAACCGGCCGCUGAUGCGCCUCCACCGUACAGCAGCAUUGCAGCAAGUAACGCAGCCUUUUUUGAGUACAAAGAGGAUGACGUGUUCCCUAAACCCCCCUCAUACAAUGUUGCCACAUCACUGCCAUCAUAUGAUGAGGCCGAGAGGAGCAAAGCAGAGUCCACUGUUCCACUAGUCACUGACCGGGAUGAGGACUUCAUUGCCAGGGACAGCUUUGACGAUACGGAUCAACUGCGGGUUGGGAAUGAUGGGAUAUUCAUGCUUACAUUUUUCAUGGCAUUCCUCUUUAACUGGAUUGGCUUCUUCCUGUCCUUCUGUUUGACCACAUCUGCGGCCGGGCGCUAUGGUGCCAUCUCUGGGUUUGGACUGUCCCUGGUCAAAUGGGUCCUGAUCGUCAGGUUUUCUACCUACUUCCCUGGAUAUUUUGACGGCCAGUACUGGCUGUGGUGGGUUUUCCUUGUUGUAGGAUUCCUGCUGUUCUUCCGGGGAUUUGUUAACUACUCCAGAGUUCGCAACAUGGCAGAUCAUUCCAUGUCCACCCUUCCUCGAACCCGCGUUCUUUUUAUCUAUUAGGUAAAUCACAAGAAAUUAUUUACUGGCUUUUAGAUGGGUUUAUGUGUGAGCAUUGCAUUAGGGGGGGAAAGAAUUAAAAGACAACCUUUAUGUGAUUUAAAUGAUUGUGGAUAUGACAUUAACACGAAGAUGAAGUAUCUUCCCUUUAUGAUUUUGGGAAUAAUUAAAAAUCUCAGGAUAAUUGUAAAAUGAACAAAACGGCAGUCAAAGAGAGCUUUUUUGAAUCUUCAGGACAACAAAGAAGAGUACAUCUGCUUCAGACACCCCUGCAUUUCUCUGUUUGCACAAUGCAACUAAUUACAUUGGCAUUUUUUACUAAAGGAUCCGAGUUCCUCAAGCAAGUUUAUCAGUGCUUAAUUAAAGUGUAGACGUACAGUAUGCAUUUAUUAUUACUUGCAUUUGCAUGUGUUUGGCAUUUCAAGUUCCAGCUGGCGGUGAUGCCAUCAGAGAAUCUGUUUUUGUCAAAUUCCCAGUCACUGUUUGUUUCUGUGGGUUUUCUUUUAAUUUGUGGGGAAGUUGUAAUUUUACUUUGUGAGUAAAUCUAGUAACCGAGCUUUCUUUUGUGAACUUAAAAAAAAAGAGUAUGUAUAUACCGUAUACGAGAAGAGUUAUAAAGAUGCACUUUUAAGAUGUAAACAGAACAAUGCAGAGCAACUGCCAGGUCCUUGAAAAAGCCAAGAGCAUAUUAGGGCAAAGUUUAUUCGAGAAUAUGUAAGCCUGUUUCAAAUUACUGUCACAAAAAGGACCAAAAUACUCAUGAAAUAAAAGCUUCACCUAGAUUCAUAGCAGUUCAAUAUAAACGGCAAACUGAUUCAGCAUUCAAGCACACCUGAAUAUGUAAUGCGCUUAAUCAAUCAAUGAUCUGGUGUGAAGAAUAGAAUGUUUUAUGAUGCCAAAUGUAGCAGUAGAUGAUUCAUUGAUCUUUCAGUAUGAGAUAUAGUGCUUCACAAUAUGUUGUUUGUGAUUUGUAUGUUUUACACCUGUCAAGUAACUUUUAAUAAAUGUAACAUCUAUGGCAACACAA